AUGAACACUGCGAUUCACAACGAAUGGAGAACUUCCAUAACUUCACAAGGACCAAGAAAGUUCCUGUCUUUACUCAGAUCUUACCCUAACGCAAUCCCCAGUUCAAAGAAAGCGAAUCUCUCUGCUUCUAGGAAACAGAGAAUCAAGCUAAACAGUAAUGAAGAAAAGGAGCUCACUUUCAGUGAGUUCUUGAAACACCCUUCUGACAUGGAGGCUGUUAUCAACGCCAAAGCUUUGGAGAGUUAUCAGUUAGUUGAUGAUGAUGCCAAUACUUACAUAUGUACAUUGCCAAAAAUUCAGUUAAUGAGCUUUGAAGUUUCUCCAGUACUGGUUUUGAGGGUCGUUCUCACACAGGAAGGUUGUACAGUUGAGCUGCUUUCCUGCAAGUUGGAAGAAUCAGAGUUAUUGGAGAACCAAAGGGGAAGGUUUUCAGCGGUUAUGACAAACUGCAUGACCUGGAACAUGGAAGAUCCAGAGCCGUUUUUGGAGGUUGAUGUGAGCUUGAAAGUCACUCUAGAGGUUGUACGCAAGCUUUAG